GUCAUUGCGCACUUGGAUUCAUGUUCAUAUCUCCUGCUCUGCUUUUAUGUAAUCGCCAAGUUUUUUUGCCCCCAAUUUCAUGCAGAAUGGACACCAGGAAAGAAUAUUUGGGUUCCACUUUUCGUUUUCAUCUAUAAGUUAUUUUUAAGCUAUGGGAAUCAAGAAUAGGCCAUUCCACGGCAUUAUCCAUGAUGUUAAAGGAAGAGCUGCAUGCUACAAACAAGAUUGGACUGGCGCAAUUUGUGCUGGCGUGAAGAUAUUGGCUCCUACUUUCUACAUGUUCUUCGCUUCUGCUCUCCCCGUGAUUGCCUUUGGAGAACAACUUAAUAAGGAUACAGACGGAAGCUUGAGCACAGUGGAAACAUUAGCAUCAACUGCUAUUUGCGGAAUUAUCCAUUCCAUGGUUGGUGGACAGCCUUUGUUGAUUUUGGGGGUCGCUGAACCCACUAUUAUAAUGUAUGGUUAUCUGUACGAGUUUUGCAAAAAGAGGCCAGAGCUGGGUGCUAAUUUGUUUCUAGCUUGGGUUGGUUGGGUCUGUGUGUGGACUGGACUCAUGUUGAUUCUGCUUGCAAUUUUCAAUGCUUGCACAGUUAUUACUAGGUUUACUAGAAUCGCUGGGGAAUUAUUUGGCAUGUUAAUUACUGUCCUAUUCUUUCAACAAGCUAUAAGGGGACUACUAGGCGAGUUUGGUGUUCCCAAAGAUGUAGAUCCAUCUGCGCAGGAAUUUCAAUUCCAAUGGCUGUAUACGAAUGGAUUGCUUGCUACCAUUUUUGCUUUUGGGUUACUGCUAACUGCAAUAAAAAGUAGAAGAGCAAGAUCAUGGCGAUAUGGAACUGGAUGGCUACGAGGUCUUGUUGCAGAUUAUGGAGUUCCAUUGAUGGUUGUGUUAUGGACUCUGUUAUCUUAUGUUGUACCAAACAAGCUGCCAGAUGGAGUUCCUAGAAGGUUGUAUUGUCCCUUUCCUUGGGAGUCCGUGUCUCUGUACCACUGGACAGUAGUGAAGGAUAUGGCAAAGGUACCAGUGGUUUAUAUCUUUGCUGCAAUUGUUCCAGCUGUGAUGAUAGCAGGAUUAUACUUCUUUGAUCAUAGUGUAGCCUCCCAGAUGGCUCAACAGAAGGAGUUCAACCUUCAAAAGCCAUCAGCCUACCACUAUGAUAUGUUUUUGCUUGGAAUUUUGACUCUUAUUUGUGGUCUUCUUGGGCUUCCGCCGUCAAAUGGAGUCCUUCCUCAGUCACCAAUGCAUACAAAAAGUCUUGCGGUUCUUAAGAGGGAGCUGAUCAGAAAGAAGGUGGUACAGAGCGCCAAAGAAUGCAUCAAGUACCAAAGGAGCGACUCUGAGUUAUAUGGAAAGAUGGAGGCAGUGGUCAUGGAAAUGGAUACAGCCCCUACAGAUAAGGAGUUAGAGACUUUGAAGGAGGCUGUAACGAAACAUGGGGACAAGGAUGGUGAAAAAGGCAAAUUUGAUCCUGAGGUACACCUAGAUGCCUAUUUGCCAGUUAGAGUAAACGAGCAAAGAAUGAGCAAUGCCUUGCAGUCACUCCUUGUGGGGGCAUCAAUUUUUGGCAUCCCCAUCAUCAAAAGGAUUCCAACCUCUGUUCUAUGGGGAUAUUUUGCUUACAUGGCCAUUGAUAGUCUCCCAGGGAAUCAAUUCUGGGAAAGAAUUCUGCUUCUUUUCAUCACUCCAAGCAGGAGAUACAAAAUCUUAGCAGGUUCUCAUGCUUCAUUCGUGGAGUCAGUUCCAUUCAAGACCAUAGCUGCAUUCACAGUGCUGCAGCUUGUUUAUUUGGUGGUGUGCUGGGGCGUGACAUGGAUCCCUAUUGGUGGAAUAUUGUUUCCGCUACCUUUCUUCCUUCUCAUAUGCAUAAGAGAGCAUUUGCUCCCCAAGUUAUUCGAUCCAAGCCAUCUUCAGGAGCUAGAUGCUUCUGAGUACGAGGAAAUUGCUGGUGACCCGCUUGUUUCCCGUAACAUAUCAUUUGUGGACAAGGUUUCGGCUGAUGCUGAUAAUGAUAAGGAUUCUGAAGAUAUCUAUGAUGCCGAGAUGUUGGAUGAGAUGACAACCAGCAGGGGAGAGGUGAAACUCAGAACUGUAAGCUUCAACGGUAGAAACCUCAGCUUUAACGGUAGAAACCUCAGCUUCAACGGUAGAAACCACAGCUUCAAUGAUCGAAACCUCAGCUUCAACAGUAGAAACCAAAGCUUCAACAACAGAAACCUCAGCCUCAACGGUAGAAACCGCAGCUUCAACAGUAAAAACCUCAGCUUCAACGGUAGAAACCAGAGCUUCAAUGAUAGAAAUCACAGCUCCAAUGAAGACAGACAUUAUUAGGGAAUUGUUGGGUUUUGAUAUAAGAACAUGAAGAUGCUAUGGAGAUUGGAGAGCAACACUCGGGAUUCCUUUGUGGCAAAUCGAAGUUGAAGAUAAUCUUCUCCGGAAAAUGAAAGGAGAAAGGAAAAGGGCAGCUGCAUGGAAAGAGAGAGGCGAUGCAGCAAGGAUGAAUAAACUUAUAAUCUCGGAUGAAUUUUUGAGAACGAAUUCUUUUAGCAGGAAAAAGCAUCAGAAUGUGGAGAUCAAGAGGUUAGGUGGAGUUUACGACUUUUUGGCGAGUUAGGUCAAUCUAUGAAUAUAUUUGGUGUUAGGCUUGGGCCUCACGUCGAGGUCGAGUGCAGCUGGUUCACCAGUAACAUUGUUCAUAUUAUUUUUUAUUCUUUACAUAUUGUAGUAUAUUUAGCUAUUUUUUCUCCUUUAUUCUAUGAUCUCCAGUUUUUCUUUUCA